AUGAUACUCUUCACUAUUCUUCUUCUCUGUGCUAUAAGUUCCGUCCAAGGGACUUUCGGUGGCUGCUACUCAUGUAAUCAGCCAUCCUAUGGCUCCUAUGGUUCCUACGGUGGCUCUUACGGAUCUUAUCCGUCUUAUGGUGGAUCCUAUGGGGUCUACGGCAGUUCCUAUGGUUCUGGUGGAUCCUAUUCUAACCAAAUGUCAUAUAUGCCAUCUUAUUCCUCUUCUUUGCCACAGCCAUUCGGUGGCAGUGGCAGUUACUUUAUUUGGUAUCCUCAUGCCCUUGAAUACGUAGAUAGACGAUGGCAAGAAUACUAUCAGGACAAACAUCAAUACAGACCCAGCUAUGGCAACUUUAUUAAUUAUGGAAACACUCCACCACAGUAUCAGCCAGGCAGCACCUAUGUGAAGUCUGGCGGUUAUAGUCAUCAACAAGAUUAUGGCAAUGUUCCCCAACCGUAUCAACCAAGCAAUAAUGAAAGGCCAGGAAAUUAUGGCAACCAACAAGAUUAUGGCAAUAAUUCUCCACCGUACCCACCGAGCACUUCAAAUGAGAGGCCAGGCAAUUAUGACAAUCAGCAAGGACCACCGCAAGACUAUAACAGGAACUACGGAAAAGCCAGCGAACUGCCGCAAAACUUUGGCAAUCGCGAGCCCGAUUUGAUGACAGAGGCUGGAACAAUACCCAUCGGUUCGUCCGUGGACGGUACAGCUGGAGGAGGUCUGUAUUUGUAUAUCUGCAGUGAAUACUAUUACUGGUGGUCAUAG